UGCGCUAGUUGUCUCGCAUGCGCGCUGAAUACGUGCGAAUAAUCGACUCGCGCGCCAUAAAACAUUAUCAAAGUUGUCUUCGAGUUGUCUGCCUGCCGUGAUUGAUUGUAUAACCUUUUAAUUGUCUUGUGUGCCACGUGUCCGCUACAUAUAUUUUGAAGACUUGCUUGUGACAUCAAUCUAGUUCCCGAAUAUACCGUGGAUGCUUCCUGAUUGCUGUUUUUAUCCGCUCUGCUGCAACAACGACAAGCCACGAAUCAAGACUGAUCUGCGAGUAUUCCUCUUUAGGAAACUCUAGAUUCAAUACAGCUGGGUAUCUUUGGAGCGGCUCUUUUUGCCUUAGCGUAUGGAGGACCAAUAAUGAGCGGCCAGAGUAAAGACAUAGUGUCUGGUGUCUUCAUUCCAGCGGAAACAUUUCAAAACCUUCAAGCAGCUCAGAAAAACAACCUAAAGUCUAAUAAUAAAGGUUCUUUAGCUGAACGAGAUGGAUCGGCACAAGACGACGAUCUAAGACGCGCAACGAACAACCCGGCGCAAUCCAGCGCUCAGUCCACCGUUGUUGUGAACCAGCAGGGCUCCGGCGGACAACAACCCAGCCAACAAGUGACGGUCAGCCAGCCCCAACAGCAAGUGAGCAUUAAUCAGCCAAGCCAACAGCAGACUUAUGUCGGUCAGCCGAGCCAGCAAACGGCUUACGUCAACCAACCAAGCCAGCAAACAGCUUAUGUCAGUCAGCCAAGCCAGCAAACUACGUAUGUCAGUCAGCCAAGCCAGCAGACAGCUUACGUCAGUCAACCAAACCAGCAAACUGCCUAUAUCAGUCAGCCUUCCCAGCAAGCGACUUAUAUCACACAACCGCGCCAGCAAGUGGUAGUAAGCCAGCCCAAUCCACAGCAAGUGUUUGUCGAUCAAAAUGGCCAAACAAUGCUUGUUAGCCAGCAGCCAGGGCAACAAACAUACGUGGUUCAGCAACCAACAAACCAGCAAGCAAUGAUCAUAGCCAAUCAAGCUAACUCUCCGUCAAUGUAUGUACAACGACCAGGCCAAAUCAUUGUUUCUUCGUCCAACCAACAGCCAGCUCAACAAACAGUGUUGCUCGCUCAACAGCCAAGUCAGCAGACCGUGCUAGUUCCUCAACAGACAGGGCAGCAGUUUGUGUACGGCCAGCGACCAAGCCAGCAAGUGAUUGUACAACCAAACCAACAAGUUCAACCAACAGGGCAACAGACUAUACUUGUAUCUAGACCCUCAAAUCAACAACAGACCUAUAUACUUCAACAACCCAAUCAACAAACCAACGGUAAUCAAGGCAGCACGUAUACUUUGUUGCCUGUGGGCAGUCAGAGCAACUUACCAAAUCAAAACUCUGGUACUAUCUUGGUACCCGUGCGGCAGGGAUCGAACCCUGUGUAUACUGUGGUUAAAAAGUAAGGAAUAUAGUCCAUAGACAAUUUCU